GCCGGUGCGUAAGCUCAGCGAAGAACACGUGAAAAAGAAAAACAACAAGAAAGAUAGUAAUUUUUUGCUGAUAAUUCACAUUGUCAGCAAGUUUUCAAAUGACUGACAUGAAUUUUAUCAUUUCUGCACCUGGAAAAGUUAUACUUCAUGGAGAGCAUGCUGUUGUUUAUGGAAAGUCCGCAAUUGCUGCCAGUCUAAACCUGCGUAGCUAUGUGCAUCUAUUGAGGAAAGAUGAUGGUGAAAUCACUGUAGAGUUACCUGCUGUAGGACUAAAACAGUCUUGGUCAAUCAAACAGCUGCAAGACAUAGCUAGACAUGACAAAGUGGACAUACAGAAUCCCAGCACACAAAAUGAUGAACUCCUGAGAACUAUUAAGGAGGCUUUAUGCAAAGAUUUAGAAGACACAAAGCUGCAGGCAUCUUUAACAUUUCUAUACCUGUACAUAACUAUCUGUGGAAGUGCUAGCAUUUUGCCAUCUGUAAGUGUUAAAAUAACAUCAAAAUUACCAGUGGGAGCUGGACUUGGAUCUUCUGCAAGCUUCUCAGUGUGUUUGGCUGCAGCUUUGUUGUUAUUGCAAGGUCAUAUUACUGCUCCAGUAAAAGGUGACAAAGAACUAAAACAGUGGAAAGAGGAAGAUUUAGAUCUUAUCAAUAAAUGGGCAAUUCAAGGGGAGAGAAUUAUACAUGGAACACCUUCAGGGAUAGAUAACUCUGUAGCAACAUAUGGUGGUGCUAUUAAAUUUCAGGCUGGAAAAAUCACCAAAUUAAACAAGAUUCCGAGAUUGAGGAUUCUUCUUACAAGUACAGAUGUACCAAGAAGUACAAAAGUACUGGUAGCCAAUGUAAGGGAAAGACACAACAGGCUAUCAGAUGUGAUGCAGCAUGUAAUGGAUGCUACUGAAGCUGUCACAGAACAGUGUGAGAGACUGUUGGAAACCAUGGCAACUGAAUCUCAAACCUCGAUAGAAAGUGAAUACACAUCUUUAGAGGAAUUGAUUGACAUCAACCAACAUUUACUGGAAGCUAUGGGUGUAAGUCAUGUGACCCUUGAUAAAAUAUGUCAUGUGACAUCUAAAUAUAAACUGCAUUCCAAACUGACAGGAGCUGGUGGUGGUGGGUGUGCAUUUACUCUGCUCAGGCCUGAUACAGAACACAGUAUGCUAAAUGAUGUAGUGAAGGAAUUGGAAGCCGAAGGGUUUAAUUGUUUUGAAACAGAAGUUGGAAGUUAUGGAGUGAUGGUGCAUGAUACUUUACCUGACGGAGUGUCAUGAACAUGCCUAUAAGUCUUUAAUAUUGAUGGUAAAGACAGACAUUAAUGAGUAGAAAACGCAUGUUCGUAAACAUGAGCACAGUUAAUGUGCGAGGUGUACACAGACAGAAGUUAGACAUGCGUUUAUGUAUGAAGUUUACACAUAAACAGACAUAAUAUACGUUGACUCAAGUAUAUACUCAUCUGAGGAUUGUUGGUUAACUAUCGAUUUUCUUUUGAUGGAAAGGUGCAUGUCUGACUGCAAAAUUAACAUAUAUGUAUAUGUAGCAGACAGAGGGCUAAAUUUCACCUAAAGAGACUCCUGUAAACCUUCAGGUGAUAGAGGCUCAUAUAAACUUCAAGUUGAAAAAGGCUCAUAUAAAACUCAAGUUGAAAGGAGGUUCCCUUUACUGCCUAAUCAUUUAUAUUUAUGCGGGACUAAUUUUCAUGGAUUUCGUGGUUGCAUCUAUCUACAAAAUUAAAUCGAAACAUAAAAGAAAAGUUCCCAUUCUUUGAUCUUGACAAGUGGAUACCACAAAUUAAUGUCCCAAAAAUAGCUGUUUUAGGCAAUAUCAUAAUUCACAGUACCUCAGUUUUCCUUGAGAGCUGAGACAAAAUUCUGCAUUUCACUUAAAUCUGUUCUGGCUAUGUGCAUACAUUAAACCAGAAGUGGAGAAUAUAAGUUUUCUUUAAUUAUAAAGUAUGUGUUGUAUAAGACUGAAAUGAAAUGAACAAUAAAAAUAUGUAAACUGAAUAAAUUGAUGAAAUAUAGAUAACUUGUCUUUGUCAAGAAUUGAAUCUUUAUACUAUGUUUUGUUAAAUUGCGUUAUCAUGCUUUAAGUGGUAUGAAUUUAAAGAAAAUAUCCUUAUGGCUUUGAACCUUUAAUGACAAUUUGCAAUUUCUCUGUGCUGUUUCUGCAUCUUUUGCCUACAACAAAAUUCUUUUUCGUAACAACUGCGAAAAUGCAUACAGAGAAUUGAGCGAAAAAUG